CAUUUUAUUCUCAGUCAGUGAAUCGUCCGAGCUGUUUCCGACUGUCGUCCACCUGAUAAAAGGCAGUCUCUCUUGUCUCUUCGGAUAUCACGGUUCCACCCUGAUCGCGGUCUGGAAUCGUCAGGAAAUUCGGAUCUCACCCUUUCAGUGUUUUCUCUUCUUCUUGUUUCAUCUAUUUUUUUCUUUCACUCUUUUCCUCUUUCUCUGUGUCUCGUCUCCCCAUUUUCGCAAUUCCUUUUUCCACCCGCGACGGAAACAUGAGAGCCUCUGUCUUCCUGAUCGCCGCGAUGAGCCUUAUACUCUGUCAAGAAGGAGUUUUUCCCCUUGAUCUGAACGCCAAUUACCUCCUUGGAAGCCUCCGAAAUGCCACCGUCAACGCCGGAAACUACAUUUCGGAUACCAUUCAGAAGCAGAAACAAAUGAUCAUUAAUGCAAAGAACACGGCUAGCGAAUACGUUUCGAAUGCAGUCGCAGUGCCAAGGAACGCGCUGAUCAAUGCCAAGGCCGCGACCACGAACUACAUUGACAGCACGGCGUCCAAGGGUGUGGAGGUCAAGUUCAGGGCGGUAAUGGAAACCAUCAGAGUUAAAAUGCCAAACGGAUUACCUGCGUUGGACAUUCCUCCUCUCGAACCUCUCAAAAUCGAACACGAGACUUACAACCUGUCCCACAAAGACGUCGGCAACAUUUCGACCACCGUCGACAACGCGACUAUUUCCGGCUUGUCGACUUUCGUACUCAACCGGGUGCAGAUAUCCGUGAUAGGAGGUGUAAGUCUCGCGGUAAACUUGAGCGUGCCAACCAUCCGGGGAAAUGGACACUACGAGGUGCACGGAUCCGUCGGCCGGUUGUUCCCCCUAAACAGCACCGGACCCUUUGAGUUCGAGGCGCAGGACACCCGCUUCUACAUCCACGUCGUCCUGGGAUACUCAGGAUCGAUGUACGUCAAGUCGCUGGACACUGACUUCUCCGUACGGUCCGUUAAGGCGCGAUUCUACCACCUUUUCAAGGAUCCGGAAGCGGACGAAACGAUGAGCGAGAUCAUCUCCGAACUAGUGCCACAGAUUUUGGAGAUCGUUAAGCCCGAGGUCAAACCUAGACUUGAGGAAGUCAUCGCCCAGAGGAUAAACGCCUCUGUAGCUCGUUUGAAUAUGGGGAAUAUCCUCGGGAUCCUGACCGGCACAGUUGACCUUCAGACUCUGGCUCAUCUCACCACUUCGGGUCCUCAAAUCCUGCAGCCACUUGGCCGUUGACCAAAAACCGGUUCUACAUCACAGGUGCAAAAAACUUGCCAUCGGUAUACGAUGGAAGAAUUAGUAAUGAAUAAAUUUUGACUUUUUUUUUU